AUGGAUAUGGAAUCUGAAGUGAUUGAGGUCUUAACACUUCUUCUUAAGGAAGGUGCUCCAUUGAAUGCGACAAUGUAUCAGAAUCAUGCCUUCUCCUGGUCUCUUUACGCUUUUAUGGGACUUGGUACCAUUUUACACAAGGCGACAGAGCUUGGAAAGGUUGACGUUGUACGAUUCCUGAUUCAUGAAGGGGUAGACCUGAGCAUCAAAGAUGCAAAUGGUGACACGGCUUUGGAUUGCGCCGAGAGACUAAGUAAAAUUGAAGUUGUACAAUUGCUCGAGGACUCAAUCGAUCAUUAA